AUGGCGAAUCUCGGAACGGAGGUGGUCUCUGUCAUCAACAAACUACAGGAUGUCUUUACCGCGGUGGGCUCGUCGGCCAACUCAAUAGACUUGCCGCAAAUAUGCGUGCUGGGCAGUCAGAGUAGUGGAAAGAGUAGUGUGCUGGAGAACAUCGUCGGACGAGACUUCUUGCCCCGUGGAACGGGGAUUGUGACGCGGCGACCCCUCGUCCUACAACUCAUCAACCGCCCAGCUACCGCACAAACGAAUGGCACCUCAUCAGACGGCGACAAGGCCGCCAACGCCGACGAGUGGGGUGAAUUCCUGCACCUCCCCGGCGAAAAGUUCUACGACUUCAACAAGAUCCGCGCGGAGAUCGUCCGCGACACCGAGGCGAAGACGGGCAAGAACGCAGGCAUCUCCCCGCUCCCCAUCAACCUGCGCAUCUUCUCGCCCAACGUCCUCACGCUCACGCUCGUCGACCUGCCCGGCCUGACAAAGGUCCCCGUGGGCGACCAGCCGCGCGACAUCGAGAAGCAGAUCCGGGAGAUGCUGCUCAAGUACAUAUCGAAGCCGAGCUGUAUCAUCCUCGCGGUGACUGCGGCGAACACGGACUUGGCGAACUCGGAUGGGUUGAAGCUGGCGCGGGAGGUGGAUCCGGAGGGGACGCGGACGAUCGGUGUGCUUACGAAGGUGGAUUUGAUGGACGCCGGGACGGACGUCGUGGAUAUCCUCGCUGGCCGAGUGAUCCCGCUCCGCCUGGGGUACGUGCCCGUGGUCAACCGCGGGCAGCGCGAUAUUGAGGCGAACAAGCCGAUCCAAGCUGCGCUCGAGUACGAGCGCCAGUUCUUCGAGAACCACCCGUCGUACAAGGGCAAGGCGCAGUACUGCGGGACGCCGUUCCUGGCGCGCAAGCUGAACAUGAUCCUGAUGCACCACAUCCGUGCAACGCUGCCGGACAUCAAGGCGCGCAUAUCGUCACAACUAUCCAAGUACAACGCGGAACUACAGUCGCUCGGGGGGCCGACGGGCGACGGGAACUCGGGGAACAUCGUCCUCAGCGUCAUUACGGAAUUCACCUCCGAGUUCCGCUCGUCGAUCGACGGUAACACGAAUGACUUGUCGCUGAACGAGCUCUCGGGUGGCGCUAGGAUUAGUUUUGUGUUCCACGAACUGUUCAACAAUGGCGUGAAGAGCAUAGAUCCGUUCGACCAAGUGAAGGACGGGGAUAUCAGGACGAUCUUGUAUAACUCGUCGGGUUCGACACCAGCCCUCUUCGUUGGGACAACGGCUUUCGAGGUCAUUGUGAAGCAGCAGAUCAAGCGAUUGGAGGAGCCCAGUCUGAAGUGCAGUACCCUCGUGUACGAUGAGCUGAUCCGCAUCCUGGGGCAACUACUGCAGAAGAUUCAAGCGUUCCGGCGUUAUCCUGCUCUCCGGGACCGGUUCAACUCUGUAGUGGUCAACUUCUUCAAGAAGGCCAUGAACCCCACCACGAAACUCGUAUCUGACCUGGUUGCUAUGCAAGCAUGCUACAUUAACACGACCCAUCCCGACUUCCUCAAUGGUCACAAGGCUAUGGCCAUCGUCAACGAGCGACUAAACGCCAACAAGCCCCCACCGCAGCAGGCCGACCCCAAGACUGGCAAGCUCGCGCCCGGGCAGAUCAACAACAACAAAGACCUGGACGUAGAUGCCAAGAAGGAGGAGCCGAGCUUCUUCGGGUCGUUCUUCGCCGGGAAGACGGCGCAGACGAAGAAGAAGGGGACGGCGACUAUGGAAGCGCCACCGCCAGUGAUCAGGCCGCAGUCGGCGCUGAGCGAUAGGGAGGUUAUGGAGACGGAGGUUAUCAAGCUCCUGAUCCACUCGUACUACAACAUCGUGAAGCGGGAGAUGAUCGAUAUGGUGCCAAAAGCGAUUUCGCUGACUCUCGUGAACUUUGCGAAGGAGAACCUGCAGCGGGAGCUGCUACAGGAGCUGUACAAGCCCGAGGUGCUGGAUGAGCUGCUGAAGGAGUCGGAGUUCGUCGUGAGCCGGAGGAAGGAGGUCGUGUCGAUGAUACAGGCAUUGAAUAAAGCGGAAGAGUAA